AUGAAGAGAUUGGAUCUACGACUACCAGUAGGUCCUUCAUCUGGCGGUAUCGUCGGUUUGACUAAAUUAAACUACCCAGAUAAGGCGGUGGCGAGUUUCUUCAAGCCAGCGUCACAAAAGCCUCCUGACCAACUAAUAUGGAAGAUAUUCAAGGAAAGCUUGAUCAUGGGACGAUAUGAGCCUUCCGGUGCCCCUUCGAAUGUUCCUCAGGAUGUAAAUGACUCGGAAGACAUUCGCUCUAUCAAAAUCGCAGCUUUCGACCUUGAUGAUACCCUGAUUACUGCUAACUCGGGAAACAAGUGGGCUCGUCACGCUAAUAGUUGGAAGUGGUGGGAUGGCUCAGUUCCGGCGAGACUAAAGCAGCUAUAUAGCGAGGGCUAUCUCGUCAUCAUUAUGAGCAAUCAAGGCAAUGUCAUCCCUAAAGCCGAGUCGAAAAGUCUUGCCAAUCUCAAAGCCUGUAUAUCUUCAGUUCUUCGACAGCUCGACCUGCCCAUCCACUUCUACGCUGCUACAAUUCAAGAUCGAUAUCGUAAACCUCGGACUGGCAUGUGGGAAAAGCUCCUUGAUGAUCUCCAGCUGUAUGGCGCAGUUGACAUGGAUAAUUCAUUUUAUGUCGGAGACGCUGGUGGAAGAGAGAAAACCGAGACGAGACCUAAAGAUCACUCGAAUUGCGACAGGUGA